AUGGACGCUUGUGAGAAUUGCAAAAGAUCAGACGUCGCCUUAAUGCAGUGCAGUAGCUGCCAUCGGGUUGCAUACUGUUCUCAAGCCUGCCAAAAAUCUAACUGAAAAGUCCACAAAUUAAUCUGUGAUAACCCUAAUCUAGUCCAAUGGGAUCCAGAACUUGUCGAGAAUUUUCUAAAUUUCAUGAUAGAAAGUAUCGACAUUUACAAAAUUUUGCUAUUAAUUGACCGCGUUGCUGCACAAAAAUACCAAGCUAAGCUACAUUCAAAGCCUUCUCGCCAUGAUCACGACCAUGGCCAUGAAGAACAUGGAUGCUCACAUAAAGCCCAUUCCAUUGUAUUAGACCAAGACUCAACUACACUUGAAAAAGUCCUCGCUCAGGCAACUUCACGAUCACGCCUCUAUGAACUUCUCCCAGAGAUUGCCAAACAAGCAGCAGAUAUUUUCAAAAAUAUAAAAGAAAAAGGCUUAAAAGAUGGUCUCACAAUGGAUGAGUGAGAUUACGGUUAGAGGUUUAAAAGUGGUUUAUUUCAGCCCCUAUCUAGUUGAGCUUCUACUUCACGCUCAAGUGGUGCUAAGCCCUAAAGCCACCUAAUGUCCUUUUCCUGCUGUGCCACCAAAAAAGGUGAUGUUGUCAGUCUAACAGGGAGACUUUCCCUAACCUGCUUGGAUCAAAAAUCGUAGCACAGGACUCUGUUAACUCCUGUUAAUGCUCAGGGUAUGAGGGAAGCGUCCAAUGCCUCCUUCUGGAACUACCUCUGCCAUUUACAGGCAACAUUAUGUUCCUCCAGAAGUGUCCGAUUGAUGUUGCACCUUCAGUCCCUCUUGUCUCUGGGUCGAGGGAGGCCCAGUAAUCUCAAGUCUGUACCCCACCACGGAAUCACUGCCACCUGCGACCCAGUAGUCGCCCAUAACCAAUUUUUCUUUUUCGGCUCCAAAUCCUGGUUUUUUAUCGCUCUAAAAACAACUAAUUGUUAUGAUUACAAUAUUCUACAAUGGAUGAAGACACUGAAAAGCAAGUAUUAAAGCAACUAAUGGAAGAAGCAAUGUCAAGGAGAAUCCAAACUGAAGUAAAUUCCACCUAUAGACGAGAAGAAGAAACCUUUAGCAAGCAGCCUAUGCUUUUUGCUCAUCCUUCAGGGUUCCAAGAGACAGUAAACAAAGAGCUUGACAUAUUGACCCAGGAAACCAUGGAAAGUCUUAUGACGAGAGAUUAUGCAAUUCAAGACAAUUUUCUUGACAAUUACAAUGUCACUGAUAAACUCUUUGAGGAGUCUGAAUAUCUUGAUUUUGAUGGGAAAUUCGAGGAGCUGCUUUCUCAAAAACUGAAGAAAAUAAGGACUGAUAAAGUUUUGUGGAUACCUAAAGAUACAAUUGAUGCAAGUAUUAAAGGAAAACAUGAAACUCCUUUGCAUUUAUCAUUAUCUUAUUGCCCUGCUAUGCAGUCUCUAUCAGACCAUUUCUUUUCAAUUCCAUUUGAACUUAAUAAAAAGACAAAUUUAAGCUUACAGGUAAAUGACCGUAUUCUGCUAGACUGUUUUUCUGUAAAUACUUAUAUAUUUUUACAAUGAAUUGACCUAUAAUAAAGAAAAAAAUUUCAUACUAGGCUAUUCUAGGAAAAAACUAUAUCACUAUGCACAUAUGGACAGUGGGUUCGGAAAAGACGACUCUGGGAAGAAAAUCACCUGUAUUUAUAUGAUCACCAAAGGAUACGGAGAAAGAAUAAUUGUAGGAAAUGAAGAAAUUCCAAUAGUUCAUAAUAGACUGGUAAUAUUGAAGUCAAGAAAAGUACAGAUAACGGUGCCGGAGACCUCUCAGAAGUUCUUUUUAGCGUAUUAUUUUAUUUCUGGUCCAUGUGAUCCUUAUCAAUAA